CUCAAGAACUUCAACUCGAAAGCAACGUUUGUUGUCCUCUCCUCUUCCCUUAUGUACACAAACCAAAUGUUCUUCUCUUCGGUUACAAUGUUCAUAAAAGAGUUUCCGUUUCUACCAAUUCCUUUUGUCUUUCGUUUUACGCGUCCCUGCGACGCUAACCCUAGACGAUGAAGUUCGUUCUACACCGAUCAACAACUCUGCUAUUUUUCGAUGUCCAAGGAGCCAAGUCACUGUUCUUAGUUUCCCCAAGAUCUUGAACUCUCCUGAUCUGUUGUAGGAUUAGGCUUUCGAUAACCAAUUCCAGUUGUUUGAUACAACAAGCUCAGAUGGAACUUCGGUGGUGUCGUCGAAGAGUUCUAUGCUCGAUUCACUUCUUUGCUAGAGUUUUCUCAAACUUCUGGUGAUCUUUCCUCAUCAACAAAUUCCUACUGUACGCCAUUGCCUACUUUUAUUUGGGUUUGAGAAAUUGAAGAGUCUGCUUGAUUCACUUCUUUGCUUGAGUCCACGUGAUGCAGUGCUCAAAACUGUUAUUUUGUGGUUAUGUUGUUUGGAAUUUGUUGUGGCAGAGAUGCUCUUUAUAAGGUAUUUGGUUUGGAUUUUUGUAGAUCUACAAAUAUAAGGUUUGGUUUGGAUUUAAACCAUGGACUACAAUGUGAUGCAAUGCUCAAAACACAUUAUUUUUGCAGAUCUGGGUUUGAGAAAGGAUAAGAAAAAACCUCAUGUCGGCGCAGAUGAAGAAGAUUGCCUCUUUUCUCGCUCAUGUCGGCGCCAAAACUUCUUGUGAAUAGUGUAUUUCUAUUUUGAAUUUGAUCCAUUAUGAAGUUCAGUGCGCAUUUAGAUCUGGCAACUCUUAGGUAUAGAAAUUCUGUUUGGCUGCUAGGAAAGUGGUAGGAACUGAGAAAAAUUAUUAUUUGAUUCUGGGAUUUUUUUGGCCACAAUUUUUAUUUCCUAAAUAGCUCUCUUAAGAUCAAUCAUUUUAGAUUUGGUAAAUGGGAUGAUCUUGCAAAUAUUAAUGGUCUGUCUAAUCUAUUGUUUCCAUUGUAUCUGGUAAGAAUGGAUUAUGGAUUUGAUACCUUCAAUUGCUUGUUCAAUCCUAAAACCCAGAUCUGGGUUUAAGAGAGGAAGAAGAAGGGAGAAAAGAGAGAGAGAGAAAGAAUACGAAGAAGAAAGAAGAAGGACGAGCAAAGAAAGAUAGGUGGAAAGGAGGAAGAAGAUGAAGUUUGAGAGAGAACCCAGAUCUAGGUUUACAGAGGUAAGGGAAAAGGAAAGGUAAUGGAGAGAGAAAGUGAAAGAGGAAAAAGAGAUGACGUGGAUGGAGAAAAAGGAUUACAAAAUUUUUAAAUUAAAUAAAAAUGCCACCUUGUA